UGCAAGUAUGGAAACACAAUCGAUUCCCACACUGUUCCUCCGAGUCGCUUUAUUACUUUGUCUCGUGUGCGUAAUCAGUUCUCUCAGCGUCCAGAAAAAUCCUUGCAGUGCAGUGAGACAUUUUGCGUUUCAUGGAGCAGCAAAUCGAGCGCUGAAAAAUUUUGAACUUCAUGAGUCAGUUGGAGGGAGGAGAGUUGUCUGCGGAAUAAAUUGCCAUGCCGAUCCACGCUGCAAGUCGUUCAAUUUCUACGAAUGGGACGGCACGUGUGUCCUGAACAAUGCUUCGCGUGAGGCACAUCCCGAGGACUUCGUGAAGACACCGGGCAGUGUGUAUUACGACGCCGAUGAAGGCACGGCCCUUUUGUCUUGCAGUAGCUGCAAGCAGCUCCGAGACGCGGGUUACCGUACUAGCGGCGUGUACACCAUCUACCCGGCCGCAUUCAGCGAUGGUUUGGAGGUGUUCUGCGACAUGGAGGCCGAUGGCGGAGGGUGGGUCGUAAUUCAAAGGAGGCAAGACGGCAGCGAGGACUUUGACCGCCCUUGGAAAGACUAUGCGGCCGGUUUCGGCAACCUGUCCGGUGAGUUCUGGCUAGGGAACACCGUCUUACAAGCGCUGACCUCAGCACCAGGGGGGUCGUGGAAGAUGAGGUUCGACAUGGAAGACUGGAUGGGAGGCAAGGUGUGGGCAGAGUAUAGCGGGGUUCGAUUGUCAGGGGACCAGUAUACACUUACUUUCAACGCGUUUAAUGUUGCUAGUACAGCUGGAGAUUCACUCGCUAACAACUACAAAUUCUCAACUAAGGAUCAAGACAACGACUUAUAUUCACCAGCGAAUUGCGUAUUCAUUCAAGGGGGAGCAUGGUGGCAUACUGCCUGUGGUUCCUCCAGCCUUAACGGUCCUUACCUUCAACCUAGUGACACCGAAGGUGGUAGAGGAAUUUAUUGGUAUACCUUUAAGAACGCUUAUUAUUCACUGAAAACCUGCACUAUGAAAAUAUCUGAAACGCGUUAA